AGAAAAUGGCUUUGUUUGGACCUAUGCGACCGAAGUUGCUGGAAUUGAAUACCUUCGAAAUCUUACAUAGAGCCCUGGCCGAUAACCUUGACUGUGUGAACGAUGUUGUUGCCGAGUGUUCUUCGGCCUUCAUAAGCAAUAUGUCGAUGAGUACUAAUCAGAGACUGCCGGAAGCAAGGGAUUGGGCGGAGACUAUCUCACCCCAUGUCACUACCAUGCUAGAGGUCAUGAGCAUUGUUGGCGAGAAGGGAUACGAUGAGAUGGCUGUACUACAUGCGUACGGUUACGCUAUAGCUUCUAUGUGCGAACAGCCAGUCACAUUAAAGCAGUUGUUGGUUAAGUCCUCCCACCAGCGCUAUGUAAUGAAAUUUCUCAUGCAGCACUCGCGGGGAGAGGAUCGGGAUGCCGCCCAGAGUAUGGUUCCCAAGCUUUGCAUCAAGUCGCUGAUUAUAUUGGUCAGAGCCGCUCUAGAUAGUACGGAAGGCAGCAACGAAGAAUUCCUGCCUGGAUUUGACGACGACAUCGCUAAGGAAGCACUGGAGAUUUUAUUCAAGUGGCAUAUAGAAUACUACCCUUGGAUCUGGGUGCACAAGCCCUCGGUGGCACAGAUGAUGCCCAACCUGCUGGGAGAAUAUGUGAACAUCCGGUCGGACUGUACCAAGAUAUGCCAAAUUUGGGCAUCAAAGAAUGCGUACCGAUCUACUGACGAGGCUGUGGACAAGCCGAUUGUAUUUGAAGCCUGCUGCGCUGUGGUCAGAGAGAUGCUCGCAACACCCGCCGAUAAAUUGCCAAUGACUGUUGACAACGGCGGUCUCCGCAUCGGAAUCUUCUCCGUGAGCCCUAACUACGACUUCUAUGUCAAGUUCGCGGCGGAGACGGGUCUGGGUGACUUAUCCUAGACCCGACGAUUGGGCUUAAAUGUGAAGUUCAUCGAGCCAGCAACUAGCAUGUGGGUAUACCCGAGGUUUUGCGAGAAAAGUGUUUGCUGGCCAUGAUACCAGCAUCGAAGCGACAACUUCUAUGAUAAGAUUUAAGUUGCCCUAAUUCUACAUAUUAAUAAAUAAAACACUUAGAAUAGUUCUUCGAUCUGACAUGGGGGCUUAGAUUGUUCAAGUGAAUUCUUCUCCUUCAAACCUGGUAAAAUGGUUCCUUCUUAUAAUAUAAAAC